AAAAAAAAAAAACAAUCUAAAUUCCAGAGAGCUUCCUUCCUUCUCCAAACCCCUAAUCCUAGUAAACCCUAGUUUAAUCCUCUCUUUCUGUCUCCGGCUGUCGUUCACUAUUUUGUAUGAAUUAAAGAAGCAAGUUGAUUUCGCGAUGCGAAUGGAAGAGAAGAAACCUGUGAUUGGGCUAUCCUGGGAGCCAAAGUUGCCGUCUCUUUCAUCUUCGACUGAUUUUAGUAAUAACAAAACAAAGUCCAAACACCAACCUGAAAGCAGCGCUCUUUGGAAAUCCAAUGCAGAGCUUAUUGAUGGACUCUUUGUCCCUCCAAACAAUCCUGCCAAGUUCAAUAAGUUACUCAAAUCCCAAGCCAAAGACACUCUUGGCAAGAAUUGGUUUGAUAUGCCUGCACCAACUAUGACGCCAGAGCUGAAAAAAGAUCUUCAACUACUCAAGCUGAGGAGCGUUCUCGAUCCAAAGAGACACUACAAGAAGUCUGAACUUAAAUCAAAAGCGCUGCCCAAGUAUUUUCAGGUUGGCACAGUUGUAGAGUCAGCUACAGAUUACUUCUCAGGUAGGCUGACUAAAAAGGAGAGGAAGCCAACCCUUGCCGAGGAGAUCCUUUCUGAUCGUACUCUUGCGGCUUACAGAAAGCGCAAGGUUCGAGAGAUUGAAGAACAAGAUGGACCAGGUGGAAAUGAGAGGUGGAAGAUAAAGGGUCGUCAUUCCAGGAAGCGAGCCAAGGACAGAAGGCACUGAUAUAUAUCAGUAAACCAUUAACCAGUCUCAAUGAGUUUACAUUUUUAGAGCACUACCGAACAGGGGUACCUCAGAUUUUGAUCUAUCAGCAUCUGCCUUUGCCGUUUUGUGUAUCUAGUUAAAUUUCAAUCGACUGUCAGAACAUAAUUAAUAUAAUAUGGUAUGAGCCAUAACAGCAUUGCUUGUCUUAAUAAUAUGCAAAUUAUUUUUUAUAGCA